CGCGCAAAGCCAAAGGUCCCUCCACAUUCUCUCUCUCUUCUUCCCUCCCUCUCCCUUUCUCGACUUGUGUGGGAGAGAAGUGCGACCUGGUACAAUCAUGGAGGCGCCUCAUCAGGAUCAACGUUCCAGAUCUUCCAGACCUCGAACCAUUCAUGCCUGCGCUCACUCUGGAGAUCUCCUUGCCUUUCAGAAGCUGCUGCGGGCCAAUCCUGCUCUUCUCAAUGAAACAAAUCCUGUUAUGGCACAGACUCCACUUCAUGUCUCUUCUGGUAACAACAGGGCUGAGAUAGUAAAAUUUCUACUUGAUUGGGGAGGGGUGGAGAAAGUUGAAUUGGAAGCCAAGAACAUGUAUGGAGAAACUCCAUUACACAUGGCUGCAAAGAAUGGGUGCAAUGACGCUGCACGAUUACUUCUUGCCCAUGGUGCUUUUAUUGAAGCCAAAGCUAACAAUGGAAUGACACCAUUACACCUAGCUGUUUGGCACUCAAUCAGAUCAGAAGACUGCUCAACUGUGCAGACAUUGCUUGAGUUUAAUGCCGAUUGCAGUGCUAAGGACAAUGAGGGCAUGACUCCUAUGAAUCAUGUCUCACAAGGUCCAGGAAGUGCAAAGUUACGUGAACUAUUGCAAUGGCAUCUUGAAGAGCAGAGAAAGAAAAGAGCACUUGAAGCAUGUGGUGAAACAAAAGCUAAGAUGGAGGAACUCGAAAAAGAGCUAUCUAACAUAGUGGGUUUAAAUGAGAUGAAGAUUCAACUAAGAAAAUGGGCAAAGGGGAUGCUUUUGGAUGAGAGGCGGAGGGCCCUUGGACUAAAAGUGGGUGUGAGACGACCUCCUCAUAUGGCUUUCUUGGGAAAUCCUGGAACAGGUAAGACUAUGGUAGCUCGAAUACUUGGGAGAUUACUUCAUCUCGUGGGAAUCCUACCUAGUGAUAGGGUAACAGAGGUUCAACGUACUGAUUUAGUUGGUGAAUUUGUUGGUCAUACUGGACCAAAGACUAGGAGGAAGAUUAAAGAAGCAGAGGGAGGAAUUCUUUUUGUGGAUGAAGCAUAUCGGCUAAUACCCAUGCAGAAAGCAGAUGAUAAAGACUAUGGAUUGGAAGCUUUGGAAGAGAUCAUGUCUAUUAUGGACAGUGGAAAAGUUGUUGUCAUAUUUGCAGGGUACAGUGAACCGAUGAAGCGUGUGAUAGCUUCUAAUGAAGGGUUUUGUAGAAGGGUAACAAAAUUUUUCCGUUUUGAUGACUUCACUUCUGAAGAUUUAGCCAAGAUCGUCCAUAUCAAGAUGAAUAAUCAACCAGAGGAAGGUUUGUUAUAUGGAUUUAAUUUACAUUCUAAAUGCAAUAUAGAUGCGAUUGCGACAGUGAUAGAGAAAGAAACAACAGAAAAGCAACGUAUGGAGAUGAAUGGAGGUCUAGUAGAUACAAUGCUAGUAAAUGCUAGAGAGAAUUUGGACUUGAGGUUGGAUUUUGAUUGUAUAGAUACUGAUGAGCUGCGUACCAUCACCUUGGAGGAUUUAGAAGCCGGCCUUCGGCUGUUAUCACAACCUUGAGGAACAAGGAAAUCAAUGAGAAGAUUAAGUUGUGAUAAUAAUUUGGGUAAUGGGCUGUUGUAUUUCAUUGUUUCAAGAGGUUUUUCUCUUGUAUGACUGCAAUUGGAUUAGUAUUCCCAUUUUGAGAGAGUUAUUGCUCGAUUUUUUUGUAUUUGUGUUUGUAUAUACGGCUUCCUGCUAGUUGAAAAGGGGAUGGAUGCCCUUUACUUUAUACAAACUUCCCCUGUAUUUUUAAUAUUUCACUUGUUUAAUUGUGGAUAGCAACAACAUAUAUUUCUUGUAAACUGUGGCUUUGCCACAGCAAGUUUAUUAUAACUUUGGCAUUUUAGAAAA